UCAAUUUUAGAAUUGCUCUUUUCUAAUUUUGUGAAAAAUGAUAUUGGUAUGUUGAUAGGGAUUAUGUUCAGUAUGUAGAUUGCUUUGGGAAGUAUAGUCAUUUUAACUAUAUUAAUUCUCCCGAUCCAUAAGCAUGGAAUGGAAAAUUGAAAAUCUUUAGUUUCUAGUUUAGGAGACAGCUUGGAUAAUUUUAACUGUUCCCUUGUUGGAUUUUACUACCUGUUUCUCCAUAGUUUCUUAAAGUAAAUAUUCUUAAAAACCAUAACAAAGGGCUAUGAGCUAUUUUUACGGGCUUAAACUUAUGAAGGAAGCUGUCUUGAUCAAACUGCCCUUUACAUCUCUCCCACUGCUUCUCCAAACCCUAUCCAGGAAGUCCAGAGACAUGGAGACAAAGAAUUACAGCAGCAGCACCUCAGGCUUCAUCCUCCUGGGCCUCUCUUCCAACCCUCAGCUGCAGAAACCUCUCUUUGCCAUCUUCCUCAUCAUGUACCUGGUCACCGUGGUGGGGAAUGUGCUCAUCAUCCUGGCCAUCUACUCUGACCCCAGGCUCCACACCCCUAUGUACUUUUUUCUCAGCAACUUGUCUUUCACGGAUAUCUGCUUCACAACAGCCAUAGUGCCUAAGAUGCUGGUGAAUUUUCUAUCAGAGACAAACGUUAUCUCUUAUGUGGGCUGCCUGGUCCAGAUGUACGUCUUCAUGGCCUUUGGGAACACUGACAGCUACCUGCUGGCCUCUAUGGCCAUCGACCGGCUGGUGGCCAUCUGCAACCCCUUACACUAUGAUGUAGUUAUGAACCCACGGCAUUACCUACUCAUGCUAUUGGGUUCUUGCAGCAUCUCCCACUUACAUUCCCUGUUCCGCGUGCUACUUAUGUCUCACCUGUCUUUCUGUGCCUCUCACGUCAUUAAGCACUUUUUCUGUGACACCCAGCCUGUGCUAAAGCUGUCCUGCUCUGACACAUCCUCCAACCAGAUGGUGGUCAUGACUGAGACCUUAGCUGUCAUCGUGACCCCCUUCCUGUGUAUCAUCUUCUCCUACCUGCGAAUCAUCGUCACUGUGCUCAGAAUCCCCUCUGCAGCUGGGAAGUGGAAGGCCUUCUCUACCUGUGGCUCCCACCUUACUGCAGUAUCCCUUUUCUAUGGGAGUAUUAUUUAUGUCUAUUUUAGGCCCCUGUCCAUGUACUCAGUGGUUAGGGACCGGGUAGCCACAGUUAUGUACACAGUAGUGACACCCAUGCUGAACCCUUUCAUCUACAGCCUGAGGAACAAAGAUAUGAAAAGGGGUUUGAAGAAAUUAAGAGACAGAAUUUACUGGUAAAAGGAACAAAAUGUUGGUAUGUCAUAAUUAAGACAUGAUCUAAGAGAUCAUCGGGUUAUUCUUACUUACUAUUUUCCAUGUGGCACUCAAAGAGGUCAUGAAAAUUGGUGUUGGAUACCAGUAAGAGAAUUGACCUAGGAGCAAAACACUUGGUUUCUAUCAAUGAUCUUAACCAAAUACAUAUUCAGUCUCAGGCUAGGUACUGUUAGGAAUCCAGAUUUCAGGAAAAGGUUUCAAGUUUUGAAAGCUGAGUAUUGCCUCCUCAAUAGACUGGCAAUUAUAUAGAAAAAUAAAGCUAUCUCCAUUAGAUUGGUAAUCAUAUAGAAAAAUAAAGCUAUCUCCAAGUAACUUGUCUAUAAGCCUG